AUGAGUUUUCAUGGUUACGUGUCUAAGCUUGAAUCUGCCUUCCAUGAACUAGCGCAAGGCUUCUAUCAGCAGAAACUCAAAGCUAUCCGAGCAAGGUCUAUACCGAAUAAUUCACCUGCAUUAGUUGUUCGUCAGCUAUUCAAACUUGCCUUCCUCUCGGAACUGCGGCAGGACACCCAUACUGCUUACAGGAACUAUCGUCUUGCGUAUGAACAGUGCAAGGAUCAUAUUGAAAGCUGGGAUCCUUACGAUAUUUUCGAGUGGCGGAGUGUUGUUGGGCUGCUAAAUUAUAAGAUCUGCGAGUUAUGUUUUCUUCAUAAUAUGGCUGUCGAAGCGAUUAACCAGAUGCGCAGGCAUCAGGCCGUCUUCUUCUCUGGCCCUGCCGGUGUUUACCCUACCCCGCAACUCGCUCACAUCGAACUACAAUUAUGGAAUGCCAAAGAGGCACCGUUAGCUACUUUGAAUCCUGGAACACAUUUGGAUUUGGCCGCGUCAUUGUACUCUGCCGUGAACAAGAGUAUUCUAGCGUUGAAGAAAACAAAUCCUCUAACGCAGCCGUAUCCAAACCCUGAUCCCAUGGCGGCAAUACAUAAUACCGUCUUCUUCGGUCAGCGUCCAUGGAGAAUUGGAUAUGAUGGUCUUGCUCCAGCUAAUGUUGAAGCAGACGCAGUUAUUGCCAUUCUG